AAGUAGCACUGACCAAUGGGAAAGUGGUUUGGUUGCUCUCCGUCCGUAUUUGAUGACGUAAGCUUGUUCACAAAACAGCGCGUGAAAAUGCUUUUUUACUCAUUCUUCAAGUCCUUGGUGGGUAAAGACGUGGUGGUGGAGUUAAAAAAUGACUUGAGCAUAUGCGGAACCCUACACUCGGUAGAUCAGUAUCUGAACAUCAAACUCACAGAUAUCAGCGUCACCGACCCUGAAAAGUAUCCUCACAUGUUGUCUGUGAAGAACUGCUUCAUCCGGGGGUCAGUGGUGCGGUACGUGCAGCUCCCGGCCGACGAGGUGGACACGCAGCUACUACAGGAUGCAGCACGCAAAGAAGCCAUGCAGCAGAAACAAUGAUUCAUCUUGUUUUGUUCUUUUGCUUUUUGGUGGACUUUUGAAGAGCAUUGGUUUACCUUUUUGUUUUAAGCUCAAAUUUUGUACAAUUUUCAUGAUCUAAGGGAAUGUUGUAUGUUUCUCAGUACAAGUUCAGAUACGAGUGACAGAUACUCAGACAAUGAGGGUUCCCUCCUCACGUUUCUGGCUUUAUUAACGUUAUUGAAAUACACAUGGGGUUACCUGGGUUUUGACUUUUUCUGAUUAUUGUUGUACUUAGACUGUACAUGCAUAAUGUUUAUAUGUUAAACAUUUUAUUACAUUUAGGUUUUGUUUUUUGUUUUUUCUGAAUCAGAAAACAAGAACCCCAAAACAAUUAGUCAUAUUCAGACACAGUAGUGUCCCCCUUCUGUUUUGUUAAAAUGACAAUAAACCCAAUACAAGAUUGAA